AUGAAUAAUUUGACUGAUAUUGAAAGAGAAGGGAAGGGGAAAACAAACGCUUUAAGUACACUUAAUAAAGAAGACAUAAGGAAGACUGGAAAAAAUAUAAAGGAAAAAGAAAAAUCUGUGGAGAAUGGAAAUGUUAAUAAGGCUAGGAAGGAUGCAAAAUUUGAAGGCGGAAGGAGCGAUGUAGGAGAAGAGGCAAAAGAAGAGGUACAGAUAGCGGUACAGGAAGAGGGAAUGACGAAGAUAGAGACAGAAACACUAAGGGGGCGGAAAAAUAAAUCAUCUAAACAAUUAGCAAAGGAGCUGGCUAGGGAGAUAACAAAACCCAUGCGCACCGAAAGGGAGAAAGACAACCGCCCAGAAAAACAUAUGUUUCAAAAUGAUGAUCAACGAAAUUUCGGACAAUUCGUACAAUACAACAACGAAAAUUUAUCAAGUGAUAGCAGUUCAUCAUGUAAUCUUAUUGAAGAGAAACAAAAUAUUUUUAAAAAUUUAAACAGCCAAUUAAAUUAUAUAAAUAGUAUUUCGAAUAUGGAUUCCUUUGCCGAAUACAGGAAAAAUGUGUUUCCUGAGUAUAGGUCUGAUAUCAAAAGAGGAGAGGGGGAAAAUAAUAUAUAUGAUAAUACAGAUAAUGCCAUAGGUGUAAGAACCAGCAGAGAUACAAACGAAGAUGGGGAAGUAAAAAAGAGGACACCGAGUAGAAGUAGGAGUAGAAGUAGGAGUAGGAGUAGAAGUAGAAGUAGAAGUUGGAGUAGUACCCCCGGUAGUGUUAAUCACAAACUUAAAAGAACAUCAAUCAUUGAAAAAUUUAAGCAACAAGAAUUAAAAUCGAAACAGCGAUAUUGGACACCUGCAUGUUUGAUAAUAACAUAUUUGACUAUAUCAAUCAUAUUUAUAAUUAUUGGUUCAGUGUUUAUUAUCUUUUCUACCACGAGAAAGGAAUGUAGAAUAUCCUAUGGUCAUAUGGAGGGAACUUCAUUAAUUCUUCAAAUGAACGAGGACUUGUGUUACGGCCCUAUUAGACCGUUCAGAAAAAACUCUUACAUUUAUUACGAAUUACAUAAUUUUUAUCAGAACCAUAAGAAGUAUUUAAUCUCUAAGUCGCACAACCAGUUGAUGGGGGUGAUAUACACAAAAGCGAGCGACCUAUCUCAAUGCUUUCCGGUAUCACAAAAUAAAGAGGGGAAGGUACUACACCCAUGUGGGUUAGUAGCUAGAAGCGUAUUUAAUGAUACUUUUACCUUAUAUAAAGAUACCAAUUUGGAAGAGAUGAUAGAAAUAGACGAAUCGAAAGAAGCUAUUACAUGGUUUAGUGACUACAAUAAAUUUAAAAAUCCGUCUGCACGUGAUAUGGAAUUACAUAAGGGAGAAGUUGAUUUUUGGUUAAUGAACGACAAUUAUAUGUCUACUUUAAAUAUGAAUAAAAAUAAUGGAUAUGGAGUGGAAAACUCUCAUUUUAUUGUUUGGAUGAAAACAGCUGCAUUAUCAGAAUUUCGUAAAAAAUAUGCUAAAUUAAAUGUCGAAUUAAAAUUACCUGUCUAUGUUCAUAUAAAAAAUAACUUUCCUGUUAAUAAAUUUAAUGGAAAGAAAUAUUUCGUUAUAGCAGAGGGGUCAGUUUUUAUAAAUGAAAAAUCUCAAUCCAUUGGAAUUCUCUAUUUAACUGUUGGAAUCAUUUCUCUUUGCAUUUCCUUGUGUCUUAUUUAUAAUCAGUGGAAGCAUCCUAGGAUUAUUGGUUAUAUAUAA